AUGAUGGGGAAAAAUCGAUUACGCACGAUUGAAAACCUGGAGUGCUUGAAAAACCUGGAUGUGCUGGACUUGCAUAGUAACGAGAUUGAGCAGAUGCAGAACUUGAACGAGCUGAAAGAGUUGCGUGUACUCAACCUGGGCGGGAACAUGAUAUCAACGGUGGAGAACAUCGACAGGCUGAUGCUGCUCACUGAGCUGAACCUUCGUCGAAAUCGGAUCAGCCGCGUCGCCCCGAUCGGCAAGCUCCCAUCGUUACUGCGGCUUUUCCUGUCGAAUAACAAGCUGGAGACAUUCGAGUCGAUCGAGCCCCUCUUUCAGGUAACCUCGAUCAGCGAGCUGCGGUUAGACUCAAACGGAGUUUGCGCGUCGAAUCAAACUGAAUACCGUGGGCGCAUGAUUCGGGGAUUUCCGUCGCUAAAGCAUUUGGAUCUAAAGCCGCUGAGUGAUGCCGAUCGAAGAGAGGCGUUGCUACACGCGAAUUCACCAACUAAAGACGGUGAUGAUGCCGAAACAGCAGCCCGAGCGCACGCUAUCUCGUGUGUGAAGGCGGCGUGGGAACGACAAGAGGCUGUGUCACAUGUGGGCUACGAGGAGCGCGAGGUGUCACCCACGAGUAGGGAAGAGUUGACGGUGUGCAACAACAACAAUGGGUUCUCGGAGGUAGAGGUGUAUGGCGACUACCGGGUCCUGGUGAUCUAUGGGAAUGCCCUCGAGGUGCUUGAGCUGACCAAAGCGCACAGCCUCGUCAACGCCAUCUCUUUCCGCUACAUUGGAAUGAGCAAGAUAGUGUCUGCAGUCGCGAGCGCUACGAGCAACAAUCUCAAGCUGUUCACGCGACUGAGAAGGCUCAUUUUUGCGUACAACGAUCUGCAGUCGUUUGAUGAGCUGCUCUGGCUGAGCAGCAUGGGCUCGAAAGCUGAAGAGGUAUUUAUUUCCAACAACCCUGUCUGUGCCAAGACUCUUCUCAAACGCUACGUCGGCGCCCGAAUCAGCAAUACUUUGCGACUCAACGGCGAAGAGAUCACUCCGACCGACCGGCAUCUGGGCAAGCAGCUAUUCCCAAAGCCCCUCGCCCCUCGCGUGCGGCCUACGGUCGAUUCUUCUGAAGCAGGCUCAUUACUUCCCUUCAAGGCGCGAGUGAAAGAAACCAAGGAAAUCAGGCCAUCCAGGUCCGCCUCGGCGCUGCAUGGCAACCCCACAUCCUCCGUAGUCACCGACAUCUUCGACACCGCGUCCGACAUCGAGAAGAAGACGGCCGCCUUGGACCAAGCGUGGAAGGACAUGCUCCUCUCAAUCGUCAAGGAAACGCUGCAAGACACUGAGCGUCGUGACAGCUUCAUGUCCGGGUGUCUCGACAACCUCUAG